AUGAUCCGUCAAGCCAUGGCGCGCGCUUUCCGUAGCGCAUGCGCAUACCCUUUCUUAUCGCCAAAGCCCUCCACCCACCUCAAGGCCUCGCUAGCAGCUCAAACGUCACGCUCAUACAAUACUGCAGGGCCUCGAAUCUUUACUCGUUGGGUUACCUCUAUGCGCUCUCAGAUCACACCCAUACGACAACCCCGACCCCAAUCACAACUCUCCUUUCGCACAAUUUCCCCAAACAACCGGCGCACUUUCUUCUCAAGCCGCCAAUCCCCCUACCAACAAAGGCAGAACCAAUACAAUCGAUUCCGAGGCAGCGCUCGUCAACCUAUCGUCUUCCGCUUAGUGCAGAAUGCAAAACCGCACCACUUUGUUGCGAUUGGCGUGGGGAUAUCCGGACUUUAUCUAUACAACACGGAGAUAGUGGAGAUGACCGGUCGACGACGGUUCAACUGUGUCUCUCGUCACCAAGAGCUCAAUAUGGGCGAAGAGAGUUACCGCGAGGUUCUGAGUGCCGAGCGUGGGAAGAUCCUGCCCCAUAACCAUCCUCUUACUCGUAUGGUUGAUGGUGUGCUGCAGCAGUUGAUCCCGCAGGUGGCCAUCGAAGGCGCUGAUUGGAAGGUUCAUGUUAUCAAGGAUGAUGGAAUGGUUAACGCUUUUGUACUUCCUGGAGGAAAGGUAUUCGUCUACACGGGUAUCUUGCCCAUUUGCAAAGAUGAAGAUGGCUUGGCUGCGGUGCUGGGACAUGAGAUUGCCCAUGUUGUAGCUCAUCAUCCCGCAGAGCGUAUGAGCAACAGUUUCAUUACGCUGGGAGCUGUAUUCGCCAUCUCUUUCUUGUUCGAUGUCUCCGGGCAGUUUUCUUCUUUCCUUUUGAAUCUCAUGUAUAGUUUGCCGAACUCGCGGACGCAAGAGGCUGAAGCAGACAAUAUUGGAUUAAUGAUGAUGUCCAAAGCCUGCUUUAACCCCGAGGCAGCUGUCAAACUAUGGGCUCGCAUGCAUGAACAGGAGAAACAGGCUCCCCCGCAGUUUAUGUCCACUCACCCAUCGGUAGGCUUGACAAGGCCGAAGCAAUCUAUGAGGAGAAUGGAUGCAGCUCCGUCAAAGGAUACAUGCCUGGUUUCCGAACUGCUUAUAAUUCGCAAGUCUCAAGGAUUAAAGAUUGUAUUGUCGGCGAUCUAUAGCAAACGCCAAGCAUCUGGGCAACUGGUGGGCUCCCCCUCGUGCAAACCGAGCAAACCCACCACCGCAGCUCCAAAAAUUGCCCGGCACAACAGCUCCAUCCACUCCCUCACAUUUAACCCAUUUGAUAUCCAGUCGCAUCUACUUCGGACGCGACCUAAUAUCAUGUCGCUAUCAAUUCCCGGUCCCUCCCAGGCGGGCCUCUUCAAGCCCGGGUACCAGAGCCACGAUGCCGAAGAUGGAGCCGUUAUCCGUAACAUCGAAGCCUGCCAGGCUAUCUCAGGAACCGUCCAGACUUCCCUGGGCCCCUAUGGCCGCAACAAGAUCGUCAUCAACCACCUGCAAAAGAUGAUUCUCACCUCCGACGCGGCUACGAUCCUUCGUGAGUUGGAUGUUGUUCACCCCGCUGCUAAGCUGCUUGUGAUGGCGAGUCAGCAACAGGAUGCGGAGAUGGGUGAUGGUACCAACUUGGUUAUUGUAUUGGCCGGUGAAUUGUUGAAGAAGGCAGAGGAGUUGAUCCGUAUGGGUCUCAAGACGAGUGAUAUUGUUUCCGGAUACGAGAAGGCUCAGAACUUUGCCUUGUCCGUUCUAGAGGAGCUCGAGGUCGACAGACUCCAGGAUAUGCGAUCGGCAACAGAAUUGAGCAAGGCUCUCCGCACAGUGGUGGCCUCUAAGCAGUCCGGCACAGAGGAUACUUUGGCCGCGUUGGUUGCGGAGGCGGUUCUGGCUGUGUUGCCCAAGAACCCCCUUAACUUUAACGUCGACAACGUGCGCGUCGUUAAGAUCAUGGGUGGUAGCUUGGAACAGUCUAAGGUGGUGAAGGUUCUCCUGAAGAAUGCCCAGGAGAUGAUGGACUUCACCACCGGUGAGGAGGAUCGUCUGGAGAUUGCCAUUAAGGAGCUCUACGACUCCGGCCUCCGCGUGGUUGUUGCCGGCUCCACUGUCGGCGACUUGGCCAUGCACUACCUCAACCGCUUCAACAUCCUUGUUAUUAAGAUUCUGUCUAAGUUCGAGCUCCGUCGUUUGUGCCGCGUUGUCGGUGCCACACCUCUGGCUCGCCUGGGUGCCCCCAUGCCCGAUGAGAUGGGCCAGAUCGACAUUGUCGAGACCACCGAGAUUGGCGGUGACCGAGUGACCGUCUUCCGCCAGGAGGAUGCCAACGCCAUCACCCGUACAGCCACCAUUGUCCUGCGUGGUGCCACCCAGAACCACCUUGAGGAUGUCGAGCGUGCCAUCGACGACGGCGUCAAUGUCGUCAAGGCCAUCACCAAGGACCCCCGUCUCGUGCCCGGUGCCGGUGCUACUGAGAUCGAGCUUGUUGAGCGCAUCUCUAACUUCGCCGACCGAACCCCCGGUCUGCCCCAGUACGCCAUCCGCAAGUUCGCCGAGGCCUUCGAGGUCGUCCCCCGCACACUCGCCGAGUCUGCCGGUCUCGAUGCCACCGAGGUUCUCUCGCGUCUGUACACUGCACACCACCGCACCACUGCUCCUGGUGAGUCAUCUUCCGAGGAGGAUGAGGAAGAAGGCAGCUCGUCUGAAGAGGAGGAACCAUACUGGACUACAGGUGUGGACCUUGAGAUUGGUGACUCCGACGGCACUCUGGACACUGUCGAGGAGGGUAUUCUGGAUCUUAUGGCUACAAAGAUGUCUGCGAUCCGUCUGGCCAGUGAAUCUGCCCGGACGGUGCUGAGUGUCGACCAGAUCAUUGUCUCCAGACAGGCAGGUGGCCCUAAGCCUCCGCAGGGUGGAGGUGAUUGGGACCAGGACUAA